AUGACGCCUGCGACGCCGGCGAACCUACACGCAGGCCGAGCCCUCCUCGCCUCCCGGCGGGGUGUCUUGUCGCCGCAGCCGGGAAGCGCGGAGCGCCGGCAGUCUGCUGGCGCAUCUCGUCGUUCUCGUCAGUUGCAACUCGUCUCGGAGCCCCCUUUUUCCCCGCAAAUUGCCUUCCAGUCUCCACCUUCUCUUCUCAACUCCUUGCGUCUCUCCUGCGCGUCUUCCUCCUCUCGUUUCGCUGGAGUCCGUCGGCACACACAGGCGCCUAUCCCCACGCCGGCCGCCGCCGGCUCGCGCGGGUUCGAACCCCGGGGCGCCGACGGCGCGCGAGUCUCUCGGCGCCGGUCUCCUGACCGCGGAGCAGUCUUCUCCAGCUCGAGCUCUCUUUCUUCAAGUGCGCCUUCUGCGCUGCGUGCAGCUUCCUGCCUGAGCGUCGUCUCGGCCGCACCAUCUGUCUCCUGUGUCCCUCUUUCGUUGGGCUCUUCAUUCCUGUCUCCGCCGUCCGCGUCUCUGCAUGGCCUUUCGCCGCACCCCCUCGUUGCGAACUCUGAUACCUUCUCGCAUCCUCGCCAUUUCCUCUCUUGUCGCUCGUUCUUCUCGCUUUUUCGAAAGAAGGCGACCUCUGCAUCCGGCGCGGGGGCUGCCUCUGCCUCGCCUUCUUCUUCAAACGCCGAGCCCGCCUCACCCGCAGCGGACUCUCCCGCGCAUAUGACGCUCGCGGCUCCCUCGUCGCCUGUCUUUGCGGCUCCGCGGGAUCCUCGCUUUUCCCCGUCGCCAGGCAGCUUGUCGUUCGCGGAGGAGGCUGCGCGGCGCGCCACGGAGGCGGCAGACGCCUCCGCCGUAGAGGCUGUGCGGGCGACCGACGCCGCGUCGCUCGCGGUGUCGCAGGUGUCUCACUUGGGAGCAGAGCCGACGCGCGAGAAACUGGAGGCGAUUCGCAGGAACAAAUUCGAGCGCUUUCCUUUUGUCUUCGCCUCGCUCUCCUCCGCGGUACCCGAGGAACUCCACCGGCGCGUUCGCGAGCGCAUGGAGAAGGCGCGGAGGGGAAAGCGAGACAGAGACACCAGCCGGCGGCUGCGGCGCGAAAUCCAUCCGGCGGCCCCCGAGCCGGAGACACCUCGCGCAGAGGCACUCAUCGCGGAGGAGACGCCAGACCGGCGGGAGUCCGACGGCAGCGAGCGAGCUCGCAGCGACAUUCGCGGGCGCGUCUUGCGAGACAGAAAGGGCAGACGCCUACGAGGAGGGCAACGGGGGAAGAUCUCUUCGCAGCACCACCUCCAUUACCCGCUUCUCCUGUCGUCGCUCUCCAUCGUGUACGAAGACUUUGCGCUUCUGAAAGACAGAAUCCUCAAGCAAAGCAGGCGCGUCCGCGCGCUCAUCGCCCUGAGCGUUUUCGGGCUGUGUUGGGUUGCGUACAAUUGGGAAGACGUGCGGCGGCGGCUGGGACUCGAGGGCGCCGCAGUGCUCCACGAGGGCAUGCGUUCGCAGGAGCUGCAGUUCACAGCGCGCGAAUUCUCCAAGCAGCUCAUCGACGACUUGCUUCAGGACCAGCGGCUCCAGGCAGGCGCGCAGCGCUGGGUGCAGGAGUUGCUGAAUGCCAGCGACCAAGAGGCAGCGGCGCUCGCGGUGCGCGUGCUGAACGCGGAGCCGGUACAGAGCGCCGUCAAGCGCCUCCUCGACGACCUCAUCCAGUACUUGUGUCAGAAUCCCCGAGUGCAGCAGCAGGUCGCUGAACUGCUCAGCUACGCCAUCACCUUACCGGUCGCGCGCGACACCGCGGGCGCCUGGUGCGGCGACCUCUUGCAGCGCCCAGACGUUCAGCAAGCCGCACAGACCUUCGUGAACGACGCGAUACUUAGUGAGCCGAGUGUCCGCGCUCAAGCGGCUGAGCUGGCGCAGUGGUGCAGUACGCGCGUCAUCAACGACACCACCACAGUCGACGCCACGCGCGACCACGCUCUGCAAGUUCUGGGAGACGCGACGGUCCAGAAUUUUGUCUCGGAUUUCCUCUGGAAGGUUCUCAAAGGCUUCAUGCAGCCGCGCUGGCUCGGAGGCGGCAAGGCGGCGGCGGAGGAAGGCGCGUCUGCGCCUGCAGAGCCCGCGCAGGAGGGCGCGUCGCCAGCGAGCGAGCCACAGGCGCCGGGAGGCGAGAAAGGCGAAAACGGGGACGAGACGGGUGAAAACCCGAACGUUGAAGCAGACAAAGACGAGCUCCGCAAGCGGCUUCAACAGGCACUAGCAGCCGCAGGCGACAGCGCAGGAGGCGCAACCGUGGGGAUCGAGAGGGAGAGCCUUGAACGCGUGCUCGCGCUACUUAACUCGGCGAACGAAGACGUCCCCCCCUCCGCUCGUGCUUCGCGGCAUUCGCCCGCUUGCUCCAGUGAGCCGUCGCAAGCGAACUUACCCGUGACUUCGUCUCCAUCGUCUCCAGGCGCCUCGCUCUCCGCGCCUGUUUCCUCUGAUAUUUCGGCUCAAGCCGCGGAGGUUUUCGUUUUCCCUGUGGCCUUGUCCGCGGCGUCUGCGGGCGCUGAAGACUCCGCUGAGUCUGUUUGGGUGCCGGCGCUCGAGCCUGCGCCCGCGUCCUCUCUGCCCCUGACGGUUUACGCGGAGCAGGACUCUUGUCAAGCUGCUGCGGAAGGCGUGUCUCCGCUAUCCGCUUCGCCUCCUUCUCUCUCGUCUUCCUCUCCGCUUCUCGCUGCGCCCUCGCGCCCGGGGGCGGCGUAUCCGACAGGCUCGCUGUCGCCUCUGGGGUCGUUCUGCGAACUGCACGAGCUCGCAGAACCCGGGGGACUCGGAGACAGCGAAGAGAACGAGAGUGCCCAGGCGCAGCCGUCGCCGGGACGCGCCCUCGCCCUCACAGACGCGCGACCGCCGUCGCCAAAGGACGAGACGGCUCCGCGAGAGGAUCCAAGUGAAGAGGCGAAACUUCAAGAGAAAUUCGAAAGCGACGAGGAAGACGGAGAGACGCAGGCGCCCGCGGCGCCAGACCCAGACGCAGCUGCCUCGUUCAGGGGGCGAUUCUCUCUCUCGGCGUUCGCCAACGAGAUCCUGGGGCGCCGGCGGCAGAGAGAGAACGGUGAGGGCACCGGAGGCGCGGGAGACGCGACGAGAGGGAGACUACGGAGAGGUGGGCGAUGGCAUGAGCCUGAGAACCCCGGCAGCAGCGAGAGAGGCAACGACGAGACAGGCAACGCCGAGACAGGCAACGCCGACGCAAACGGCGCCUCGCUGACGUCGCCUCUUCUCCCUCAGGAGGAGGUCGAGGCCGCACGCAGACUCACCGCUUCGUUCUCGCGUCUCAUGCCCGCUAACCCGCGUGCGUCCUCGCCCUGGAGAGAGGCCGAAAAAGGAGACGCGCCUGCAAACAAACCCGGCAGGGACGAAGACUAG